AUGACAGAGUCUACAGGAAACUUGGAGUCAGGCCUAACUCGAUUCUUGAACAGCCUCUACGCUUGUUUUCGCUUUAUGUCAAGAUUUUUAGUUCUUUGUCAAUUCUGUGAAUGCCCUACAAUUAAACGAAAGAAACGGUCAGCAAAUGGCAAUGGAGAGGAGAGAACUGAAAAGUCUGAUUGCGAUAGAGGUGGUGGAGCUGUUAGCAGAAGUUUUAGCUUUCCUAAACGCUAUAUCCUAAUGAUAAUGACUUUCCUUGGUUUUAUGAACAUGUACGCUUUGCGUGUUAAUUUGAAUGUCGCUAUCAGCGCAAUGGUGAAUAAUCAUACAAUUCACCAGAAAGGAUACACCGUUAUACGGGUAAGAAUUUACUUUUUUCCUUUAUUCUUUUAAGGCCAGUCCUAAUUUUAAAAUGGCAAAUAAUUGCUAUCUUAUUUUUAGCUUAAAGUCUGCUAUGAAACAUUCAUGUGUUAUCUAUUGUUUUGAUUUAAAAACAGGUUAAUAGUUUUUUUUGUUGACUGAAGUCACUCUUUCAGUGUUAUAUUUUAUUUUAAGGUAACAAUUAAAUCUUACUUAAGUGCAUUAUUUUAAAAGUUAAUCCUGAUAAGUUCAUAUAUCGCCUGCAUUUCAUGCAUACAGCUAUUUAGAGAAAGAUUGUUGGAAAAAAAAGCACACGACAAUCCCGAAAGCUAUUUUGGGUGAUUUAAGUUCACUGUUUUCAAACAAAAUUUGAAAUAGUGGCUCGAGAGGUCAUGGUCGUAUGUUUACGAGUACUAAAGGAAAGCAACAAAAUUAAGUUCGACAGCUACAGUAUCAGGAACAGUGUAUUGAUCAUAUCCCAUACUAUCUUUCGGGAUUGUCGAGUGCACAUUUGUUGUCCGAGGUCUUUGACCAGCAACCUUUCUCGAAAUAGCCGUAUACACUUGAGCCUUGCAGUUUCUAAGGCGCAAGGGCUUAAAUCAGUAAAACGUCAUGCUUUAGUUAUUUCAGCGCGGAUGUAAACAGGUUUCUUAAUGGAAGAUCAUAAGACGUGAGUGCGCUUUCACCUUUAGCAUCAGAAUUCUGUGGAGGGUCACAAAUAAAAUUUGGAGGGAAAAAAUUGGGGGAAAGGGGAGAAAAUGAACGGGUGUGGCUGCCCCUUUCUCCCCCCAAAUUUCCUCUCGGCUUCAGGCUUAGCUUGCCUUUUGUCAUUUCUUAAGCGAGAAGCUCUACCCAAUGGCAAGUACAUAUCCAAUGGGCAUGCACGCCUGUUUUUUUAUCAGCCAUCCAACGACCAGAGACCGAGCCUACAUGUGCGUCGGAAAUGUGUGCUAAGGGGCUAUUUACAUUGAGGGAUGGAGAUCGUAGAAGGCGGACAACAACUUUACUUUGGGUUUAAAGUAGAGAAGGAUCGAGAAGGAAUUAAAAAUGGCUGGCGACAAAAACAAAAAUGCAAUUUCGGCCCUUCUGCUUUCUUCACUGCGUUAAUAACUACCUUUCAACAGAAUUACCAUAAUAAUCAGCUCAUGGUAACGCCAAACGAAAUGGUCGGCCUUCAUUGCCAUGAUAAGCCACUGAACGACCUGCCGCCAAUUUUUAAUGGUUUGUCCCUAGUACUAGGAUCUUUCUAGCGAAGGCAGUUUACAUGGUGCUAGGAUCUUCCUAGUUCUAGGAAAAUCCUAUAGCGUUAGGGACGAGUUCAACCCUUUGUAUUGAUGUCGAAUACAGAAAACAUAUGCCGCGAGGAUGAUCCGCCUUCUAGGAUCUUUCUGGUACUAGGAUCUUCCUCCCUCCAUGUAAAAAGCCUCUAAAUAUAUUUGCAGAUCAGUACAUUUACACCAGCGAACGAAAAUAAAAUUACGCAGUGAUAGGGGAUCCAGGAUAGACUAAAUUUACCAGGGUACAUCUAUUUAGAAUUUGGUGAAACGUCCCGCUCAUCUGAAUAUUAGCCUUAUUUCGGUGUGAUUAAUCUAAUUCAUUUUCCAUUGAUCGAGAAGCCUGUCGUUACGUUAAGUUCCAUUUGAUAACUUAUGUUGAUGUUCUGUUCUGUUAGGAAGCCGAGUUUGACUGGGACUCAAAACUCCAAGGUAUGAAACUUUUCAGAUAUGCCUCGACAGUUGCGAAUUUGAAGUGCCAAACAUCUUUACUCAUAUAGAGACAAUUUACUCAACAAAUCGCGCUAAAACUCCGCCCAAGAGAGCAAGGUUGACGUGCUUCGCUCAAAAAUGUCUUUUCUUAAGUUUACUUAUGUCCCUCCAGGUCGACUUGCUAAAGAACAAUCACAUGAUUUUAUUCAUAGGUAUUGUGUUAGGUUCAUUCUACUAUGGUUACGCCUUCCUACAGAUUCCUGGCGGCUACCUCGCACUCAAGCUUGGCGGCACCAGGAUAUUUGGAUAUGCCAUUUUUUUGGCCUCCAUGUUGACUCUCCUGACUCCUGUGGCUACUCGGUAUAGUGUAUAUGGAUUAAUAGCUGUCAGAGCAGGAGAAGGACUUAUGCUGGUAUGCCCGGAAUACCUUUUUUUAAUGUGAGACUCCAAUAGCAAAGACUGGGGCUACGUUCAAACCACACAAGACGAAUUUUCUUGCGAUCGGUCGAUCGAGGUUGAAAAUAAUUGCAUUUAGGCGUUCUAUUAACACAAAACUACUUUCACCGUACGAAAAUUUAGACGGCUAGCCAUUCUAAAAUUUUGAAUGCCAAAAUCGAGGUCAAAUUUCUAGACAAUAAUGUCGAAAAUAUGACCAGCGCGGUGUUAUUACCAUGACCAUCUAAAGUUUUUGUACCCCAAAGGCGUGGUUGAAUAGAUGCUAGGUCACCCAGCUGGGAGACGCUCAUUUAAAAUUUGCUAAGUAGCGCUCUGUACAUGGGUAAAACCACUGACGAAAGUUUCAAAAAUUGAAGCCGGUUUUCAUUUCCGUAAACAGAGCAAAUAUAUGGAAAAGUUCAGUGUGUACGAAUCGUCCGGUCAAAUUUAUCAGCCGGUCGAAAACUCGUCCGCUGCCGUGUAAACAUAGCCUAAGAGGUAAGAAACUUUCCGGUUAAUCAGUUCUAAAAUAGGACAUUAAUUGUCUUCCUAAUUGAACAUUUGAGUAUGUGGACCAAACUCUUGAUCAGCCUAUCAUGUAACCAUUCAAACUAAACUUCUUUAACGGUAAUUUCACGGAGUACUAUUUGAUUAGUCUGUGGUUGUAAUUUUUGAGCCUGCGUAUAAAAUCCUAUGGUGUACCAUUCAGAUGAAAGAUCUUCGUUCCGCAGUACCUUCUCUUAAUACUUUUUGUGUUACUGCUGUGCCGAAAAUGAAAUGUAGGGUGAUGUACUUUUUUACUUAUCGCUUAGGGCGCUGUCUUUCCAUGUAACCACGCAAUAUGGAGUAAAUGGGCUCCACCUUUGGAAAGAACAACACUCGUCACCAUGGCAAUUUCAGGUGAGACUGCACGGAGCUUGCCAUCUUUAAAUGUUGGAGUAGCAGCGAGUAUUAGCUCCCUGGUCAAAUUUUUAGUUGAACUGCUAGUCCAUCAGGAUGUCCUUUGAAUCAGGAGUCAUGAGCAGAGUUAGGACUAUUGAGGCUAAGAAGGAUAUAAAUGAGAAAUUUAUUGUUGAAGAGCAAUUUUGCUGCUGUGCUGAAGAAAUCUUUUUUGUCUUAGUUUUUCAGAAAAUGGCACCCCGCAUGACAUUGCUGUCUAAUUAUUUUUGUCAUUUAGUUUGUUAUUUUUAGUUUGUUAUUAUUUGUUAUUGUUAAUUUGUAAUUGCGUAAAUUGCUAUUACAACAGCGACGAUAAUAUCAUCAUUUAACAUGGAAUCCGCAGUUUAUAUCAUCUUCAUUCCAUGUACCAUUUAUAAAAUGAACUCAACAAAUUGGCGUGCUCCCAAUUUGUGAGUCUUUACAGCGCAGUUGGUAGAGCACUGCGUUACUAAUGUAGAGGCCAUAGGCUGGAAUGCCAACGAAACACCCAAAUUUUGUUUCGAUCUGAUUAGCAAUUGCUUAAAUUGCUACUACCUAAACUACUGCGACGAGCAUAUCUUCAUUUGACUGAAAAUCUGUUUUUAUUGUUGUCUAUUAGGUUGUCACGUGGGCACCAUCAUAACGAUGCCAUUAUCUGGACUGUUAACAAUGUAUGGUUUUGAUGGAGGCUGGGCAUCGGUAUUUUAUUGCUUCGGUGAGUCCAACGUCGAGAAUAACCAAGAAAAUAAGUAUCAUGGCAUUUAACAUUGUUAAUUUAACAUUUAUAAGGUGAAAUUAAGGACGGAAAGACUAGAAGUUUUAUCAGACAUCUAAACAUUUUAUGGUGAAAUGAUUUCCUCUAUGAACAGAACGCUUCCCACUUCGUAUCUGGUGGUUAGGACUUAAAUUUGGUCAGGCUAUGGCGUUUUAGCUCCUCACUUUCUCUAUCCACCAAUGUCCAUACAUCCUAAAUGGGUACCUGCAAUAAAGGGAGCUAAAGCAAAGCCGUUUUUGAGACCAUUUUAUUUUCAAUACGCCCUGAAGCAACCAAAUUUGUCUUGCUAAUUGUCUAAGUUAUGGAAGAAUAACCUCUGGUAGCAAUAUAUACUCCUAACUGCUACAUUAUGUUGUUAUGCAGGAGCGGCUGGAAUACUGUGGUUCGUAGCCUGGCAGCUGAUUGUUCACGAUUCACCUUCAGUACAUCCAACUAUUUCAGAAGAUGAGAGAAAUUACAUCGAACGAAGCUUUGAUAAAGGAAACGUAAGUCAGAGUAUUGUGUGGCAUUAAGGUCACAACUAGACGUAUGUUUUAAGAACAUAAAAUUAUGUUGCAGUCAAAUUAGUAAGUCUUUUAAAAUUAUAUUUGAAAAAAAUAUGACUUAGUUGUCAGAUAAUCAUGAGAUAAAUUAAAGGGAAAAUGUUGACGUUUUCUCCAGAAAAACUACAUCUCAUUUAGAGUGGAGAGAAGAAAAAUCAACCUUCGGACCGGUCAUAUAGUGAUUUUUUGAUUUAGAACAAAAAAGAAUUAAGUCGAUCGACUAUGAAACAAAGUAGGGGUCAAAAUUCAUGAGUAAAAACUGCAAUUCUGACCCGCUCAGAGACAUUUGUUGAGAUAGACAUUCAUCAUAUAUGAUAAUAUCAUGUGUCGUCGAAGUAGCCAGUGAGACCGCGCGCCGCUACAGCAUUGUCAAGCGAUACAUACGUUUCGAUGCGUUGUUCUAUUUUAAAUAAGUUUUUUGUUUACGAUUUAGGAAAAUGCAGCGAUUCCAUGGAAGUCCAUUCUGACAUCAGUUCCGGUGUGGGGAAUUAUGUUUGGCAACCUGUCCUCAGACUGGGGACUAUACACCAUUCUCAUCUGCUUGCCAAUGUUCCUUCUUGAUAUCUUACACUUCGAUAUACAGACGGUAUGCAAACCUCAAAGGCAAAACAUUGAUUGCUAGAUGGUGUGGACUAAUUAUCUGACCGCUUGAUUUCAUGUUCGAAAGACUACGGUCUAAUUUUACCUCUGAACGGAAAUCUGUCCGUUCUAAACAUUAGCUUUGGCCCAAAAAAGAGAGAUAUAAUAGAUUAUUCUCUCUUGGUCCAGACUAGCAUAAGAGACCUUCAGAUUCCAACACGAGGACGACUGCGAGAACGAGAUUUUCUUAAUUGUAUACUAAGAAGUGCGCGAGCGUAAACCAGCGUCACUUUGGCGGGAAAACGCUUUGCGAUCGGUAGAGGGUUUAACCUCAUUCAAUAAAAAUAAGCUUGUAGACUUUUCUGGUGCACAAAAGUGAAGAGAAUCAUUCCAGGGUGUCUAUUUUUUUAAGAAUAAGUGAAAAAACUUUCGCAAAUCUCGUCCUGGUAGUCGUUCUCGAAUCUAAAUGCUUCUAAAUAAGAAAUAAGCUCUGUAAUGGGGAGCUUGCGUUCCUUCUCUUUGCGCUUGUAUUAAGGAAGUUCGACUGUAAGAUGGCUGUUCGUUUGUUUGUUUUCAUUUGAUCCUCAACCAUCAUUUAUUAUUUACAAAAAUAAACAUUAGCUGUUCACAUGGAUCUUUCGAAUUAUUUUUAAAAAGUUUACUGACAAUCACAGAGCUGUUCACCACUUUGGACCGGCUGACUAUAUAUUCCCUUAUCUUACUUGCGCGCAGAUGGGUUUCCUCGCUGCUACGCCGUUCUUGGUAAAAGCUCUCUCGGGUCCCUUUGGUGGCAUUACGGCUGAUCUCUUGCAAAGGAGAGGACUAAGUACCAGAUCUGUCAGAAGGCUAUAUUUUGCUGUUGGUAAGGAUUCUAAGGCCUUAGUAAUACGGAGCGAUCUACCGCCUCUUGGGCUCUGCUUGAGAGAAGGGAAAGUUGAGGGGGCGGGGGAGGGAAGGGAGUAAGAAUAAGGAUGAAACUUAAGAGACUCUUUAACGCAUAAUAUCAGGCGCUGAACAUCUUUGACGUCAACUAACCACAAGACUGCUUUUGAUCAUAUUUGCACAAAAAAGGCGCGUUAUAAAUAUUUUAUCAUUAUCAUUAUCAUCAUUAUUAUCAUUAUUAUUAUUAUUAUUAUUAUUAUUUAACAUGAUGACUUUAUUUCACAUUUUAUUUACUGGCCCCUGUUGGGUACAUCUCAAUUCUAUUCAGUUGGAAGUUCCUACAAAUUAAUUCUUUAUCCUUAAAAUUUUCUUUAAUUCUUAGGCGCCUUGGGAGCAGGCACAUUCAUCGUUGCCGCGGGUUACGCCAAAACAGCCACAAUAGCGGUCACGUGUAUGUGUAUCGGCGUCGCUGCCUCUGGUUUGAUGCAUUCUGGGUAUAAUGUUAACAUGUUAGAUAUUGCUCCGCGGUAUGCUUGUAUAAUCAUGGGUCUGACCAACACAGUGGGAACAAUAACUGGUUUUCUCAGUCCUAUGAUGGUUGGAUUUAUUACUGUGAAUAAGGUCAGUGACUUAUAUUCAACAGACCGUCCAACGGUUUUUUUCAACUUUCGACAUGGACCAGUGAGUGAAAAUCGGUUAACACCGCUGCAAACAGAUGCUAUAAAUCCAGGCCUAAAACUUCGGGACAAAGAAUUUACGGCAGUACAAUUGCCAAGUUUAAAAGUUAUUUAAAAAGAAGAAAUCUCAUACGAUUUUACCGCCGUUUGUAGACUCUUUUGUAUGGUGAGGGACAACUACUUGUUACUUACCAGUCACGUUACCAUACAAAUCUUCUGCCGGUACAAUUUUACUAGCUUGAAGAGCUAUACCUUCGCUAAACAUUUAGCGCCGUAUCACUCUCUAACUUGGCAAAAUUAGAGUAUUAAGGCACUCUUUUCGGCGGUGUCGAUGGAUCUUCGCCGAAUGAUCUUCAUCAAAACAUGAAGAAAAAAGCACGUGAUUUCAUGGUAUAUUUUUAUAAACUCACUCUUCUCCAACAUUUUUAAGCCUACAAAAAAGUGUUUUUUUCUUUUUUUCCCACUUUAGAAAGCUGAAGAAUGGCGGACAGUGUUCUGGAUCACGUUUGUUAUAUACGUCGUAGGAAUGCUUCUCUUUUGUCUGUUGAUGUCGGCCGAGUUGCAGCCAUGGGCAACAGGCCGUGAGGGUCCGAAAAAGAAGGCAGAGAGGAAUUACACAUGGCAGAGCAAAGUUAAACGUCUUCAAAUGUACUAG